AUAGCUUUAUUACUCAAUUGGGGAUUGUGGUUUGAUUUGGUAUAUACAUUCAUCCAUCUCCGUCUCUCUCGAAGCUUCAAAGUCGACUUCUAUGGCAGCAUCCAUGUCUUCUUCUUGCUGCCUUUCAUCCCUCCGUCUAAUCCCAUUCAAACGAACCUUCUUCUCCUCCGUUAAUCCUCCAUCCAAAAACCUAAUUCUCCGGCCAAUCCCCUCUUUCCUCCGAACGAUCGUCACGUUCCAGAAAAUACCAACCGUUAUCGUCCCUCCCUUAUCGGCUUCAUCAUCAUCUCCGUCGAGCUCCGUCGACCUUCAACCGAUCGAGGAGCUUCCUCCGAAGCUACAAGAGAUCGUCAAGCUAUUCCAAUCGGUGCAGGAGCCAAAGGCCAAGUACGAGCAGCUCCUCUUCUACGGGAAGAAUCUCAAACCGCUCGAUUCGAGGUUCAAGACGAGGGAGAAUAAAGUGGAAGGAUGCGUUUCUCAGGUGUGGGUUAGGGCUUUCUUCGACGAGGAGCGCAACGUCGUCUACGAAGCUGAUUCCGAUUCGGUUCUCACCAAAGGCUUAGCUGCUUUACUAGUUAACGGCUUAUCUGGAAGACCAGUGACGGAGAUUCUGAGGGUAACGCCUGAUUUCGCGGUUCUUCUCGGUUUGCAGCAGAGUCUAACUCCUUCGAGGAACAACGGGUUUCUCAAUAUGCUCAAGCUGAUGCAGAAGAAGGCUCUGAGUCUUGAAGUGAAAGCAGAUGAUGGUACGUCAGAGUCAACAACCGAUGAAGCAAGUGUUGUUGAGGUGGAUUUAGAGUCAAAGCCUCCUAGUGUUGUUGAGGUUGAAGAGUCCGAGAGUGUGUCAAAGAUCGUUGCUUUAGGGAGUAGAGGGAUGAGGAUAAGAGAGAAGUUGGACAAGGAGCUGACUCCUGAUGAGUUAGAAGUUGAAGAUGUGUCUUACCAGCACGCAGGACAUGCUGCUGUUAGAGGUAGUGCUGGUGAUGAUGGGGAAACGCAUUUCAAUCUGCGAGUUGUUUCCGAUGCUUUCCAAGGUAAAAGCUUGGUGAAGAGACAUAGGAUGGUAUAUGACUUGCUGCAAGAGGAGUUGCAGAGCGGGUUACAUGCUCUCUCUAUUGUGGCUAAGACUCCUGCUGAGGUUUGAGGGCCGUUGCAAUGGAAAGAGACAGUUCCAGAUUCGUUUUCUUCUUUUACUCCAUUUUGGUUUGGGUUUUGUACUCUGGUUCUUUUAAUAAUGUUGACGCUUUGAGAGCUUGAUCAGGAUUGUGUUAUAUAUAUAGAUUCUAUAAACGAGAGAGAUGUCGCUUGUGCCUAAAGGAUUGAAUCAUAUAUAUAAUGUUUACACUUCACGUUUCCCCA